GCUCAGUAUAGCCGCAAGUCUGCUCGAGAGUAGACUCUCUUUCUCCUCUCGUACGACAAGACCUGAUCAAGUGGAACAACUUGCUCGUAUACUUUACAGAACAACGGACGAUCGCGGCUGCAUAGCACAUAGCCGCGCGAACUCGUUGUGGGAAAACCCCAAGCCAGCAAUCUAAUCAAAAUAGUGAAGAACGGAAGACAACCAUUGGGAGACUAGAAAUACGGAAGAACCGAAUAGAAAUGAUACGCCUUUUUGCAAUUGCUGUGACUGUUAUCAGUCUCUGUGCGGCUUCCCCUGCUAGUCGGAGUCAGUCAAAUGGAGAAGAUUCUGCGGCUAUUGUGCCCGGUCACAAAUCACCUUACAAAGGUGGCCAACGUGAAGAAUCCAACGGUGACUCUGAAUUAUUUGCAUUUCCAGCCGAUCAGUCCACAAUCGAGGCGAAUCAAAACGCCAGGAACCGGACCCCCGUUUAUCUUCCCAAACGAUGCCUGGAGAAUGAGAUUCUCUAUCCCGGUGAUCAGGAAUCUGACUGGGUGUGUGACUGCAAACCGACUUUCGUUUACCAUCCUCCAACCCGCCAAUGCUACGAAAUGUAUACCCAGGGAUACUGCGAGUAUGGUUACAUGAUCUAUUUAGUACCAGGUGGAAAACACCCCGAAUGCAUCAAGAACGACUGUGCCGACCGGCCACCACCGAGUCUUAACAGCUCACUCGUUCUGUACAAUGGCGAGUGUGUCGUGCUGAACGAGUAUCAUCAGAACUGUACCAUUGGCAAAAUCAAUCGCAUCAUAGGUAUCAACGAGAAAACUCACGAACUGGACUGCCUAGACAUCUCCGUAGUGAAAUUGCACGAAACAACAACUGUCACUUGGACAUCCAGAAGAAUGUCAUCGGUUCCGAAACGGUCUGUAUCAUAGUUGGAAAGGUCGGGUCUGAAAUACUGGGUAUUUAUGUUGAAAUCAAUUCUCGCAUUAAAUCCCUACUAUAAUCAACAGUA